GAUGUGAGAUUGCCACAAAGUUUGAUUCCCGACACCUACAGUGUUCUCAUUCAUCCAGAUUUUAAAAACUUCACUUUCAGCGGUUGGUCAAAUAUUGAGGUGGUAGCGAGUGAAGAGACUGACUACAUCAUCAUGCACGCAAAAAAUCUUUCAAUCUCCAAUGUUAGCGUAACAGUACCAAGAAGUAAGUUGACGGUAACAAAUUGUAAAAUUUACGAAAACCUGGAGCAGUUGCAGAUAAAGCUAGAUACUUCCAUAAUGAAGCAUGACACCGUCGUCAUCAAUGUAUCGUUUAGUGGAGUUUUAAGAGAUGAUAUGUUGGGGUUUUACAAAAGUUCCUACACGAACAAGAAAAAUAAUGUCGUGAGAUAUUUAUCUGCCACACAGUUUCAACCAACUGAAGCAAGAUCAGCAUUUCCAUGUUUUGAUGAACCUCACAUGAAGGCCACCUUCAAAUUUUACAUCAUCAGACCAAAUGACUACAUCUCGUUAUUUAACACAAAAUUGAAUUCAUCGUGGAUAACAACCGGCACAGAAACGUGUGACAGCUUUGUAGCAACUCGGAAGAUGAGUACGUACAUGCUGGCCUUUGUCGUCUGCGACUUUUCCUCCAAAUCUCAAAUGAUUAAAAGUGGAGUUAAUGUUAUCUACACGCAACCAGACACUUUCAAAGAAAUGGAUCUUGCCCUUAAUACAACCAUUAGAUCGCUUCAUUAUUUUGAAAAACUCUUUGGGAUGUCAUAUCUUUACGAAAAACUGGACACCAUAGCCCUUCCUGAAAUGUAUACAGAUGGUUUGGGCAGUCGCGGUCUGAUAACGUAUCACUCAAAUUAUAUAUUCUUCAAUGAAGAUGAGAAAUCGGACCAGGAAAAAAGUUAUCUUGUUUCCUUAGUGGCCCGCGAAGUUGCUCACCAAUGGUUUGGUAACCUGGUAAUGUUGGAAUGGUGGGACGAUUUGUUGUUAAACGAAGGAUUCAUCACAUAUGUCGUGUUCGGUGUGUUUAAAGAAAUCAUUCCGGAAUGGCCUACGGCGGAAGCAUUUUCAUUUGACGUGGUGGCAUCUGCCAUGGCGGAAAACUCCUUCGACUCUUCUUCUUAUUCAGUAGUUAAUCCUGUGACCGAUCCAAGAAACUUAAAUGUCUUUGAGAAGAAAGCUUUCUACAAAAUUUGCAACGUUGCUGCCUCAUUAUUUCAAAUGUUAGAAAAUGUGAUAGGUACUGAUGUUUUCAACAAAGCCAUCCAUGACUAUCUCGUUAAGCACAUGUUUGCUACAUCUAACAGAAAUAAUCUGUGGCUAGCAUUUUCUAAGCAGGUCCCAACUGACGGUCACUCCAUUAACGUGCCGGAAAUGAUGGAGACGUGGACGCAUCAAAUAGGUUUGCCCCUGGUCACCGUCAUUAGAGAUGGACGUCACGUUACAUGUCAUCAGGAGAGAUUUUUUGUUAGAAACAUUCAAGUACGUCCCACUCACUUAACG